AUGACCAAGUAUCGUAUGAACCGGCCAGGAGCCACACGUCGUGCCAAGAGUGCCCACAUCAGACGGAUUAGGGGAGACUUGUGUGCUUCGGAACGGUCAGAUGACCACACAAGGGCAGAAAGUGCGGACAUGCAUAGUAUUACCACGGCAACCGAUUUAUAUGACUUCGAUAAAGACUUUCCCGAUGAUCUGGAUCACGAUGACGAGGAAGACGAGGAACGCCCAACGACCGCUCUUUCACCUUCUCAGGAGGUCUAUAAAAAAGCCUGCCGACAGCUCAAUGUAGUCAUCAGUCAGUUCUUUAAUCGCCAUUUAGUCGAGGACAGUGUUGUCAUGAGACAUCAUGAGCUAGGACCCAAAGGAGGAAAGGCAUGCGCUCUGGCACUUAUGAACAAUUCAAGCGUGACGACGUUAGAUCUGACGGAUAAUGAUCUCGGACCAACAGGAGGGAGCUAUAUCGGAGAGGUGUUACAAGAGAACCAUUUCAUAUCUGACCUUACAUUAGCAGACAACAACAUGAAAAUUGACGGCACUAAAGGCAUCCUGAAGGCUAUACUGGACUACGACUGUAUAACAAGUCUCAAUUUAUCUGGGAACGGUUUUCGGGAGUGUGAUGCCGAGGCCUUCGAACGUGUGAUUGAGGACUCUUCGAAAUUGACAAGACUGAAUCUAAGCCAUAAUGAAUUUCGUGAGGAAGGAGGAGAGGUCAUAGGUCAAGCGAUAGAAUUCAGUGAAGCACUAACGGACCUAGACCUGAGUUGGAAUCACCUUCGACUGUCUGGAGGAGUGUCCUUGGCUAUAGGUCUCCAGUUGAAUAGAAGUAUAAAGAGAUUGAAUCUGGCCUGGAAUGGUUUGUUUAUGGAUGGUUGUAAGGCAAUGGCCACGGCUCUUGAGGUCAAUCGGACAUUGGAGGAACUUGACCUAUCGUCAAAUAGGAUAAAUAAGGAAUGUCUAGAGAAACUUUUGGCUGGAGUGAAGAAAAACCCAACGUUAAAAGUUCUAAAGCUGGCUUUAAAUCCUCUGACUACGGCAGGAGCGUCCAUUCUACUCUCCACUGUGAAAAGCUGCACAGAUCAUGGACUCAAGCAGGUGGAUAUACACACACAAGUAGUGGAGCAAUCCUACGCCACACAGGCUAUUGAGCUUAAAGAGGAGAGGGGGAUCGAAAUAAAGCACGGGAUAGUGAGGGGUCAGGAGGGGUCAGGGGAUGAUCCUGACGGUAUGGAACUCGUCGACGAGAAUCCUGUGCUGGUACUCAUGGAGUUUGGCAAACUUAUGGGCUUUCGUCUAAUGGACCUUUUUUCCGCUCUGGAUAAGGAUGGUAGCAAAUCACUGGAUAAGGUCGAGAUUAUGACGGGAUUAAAGUUUGCUAAUAUCCCUCUCACAGACAAGGCACUGGACAAAUUGAUCGAGAAGCUUGAUGAGGACGGUAGCGGUGAAAUAGAAUUCAGUGAGAUGAUGGCGGGUCAGCAGGAAUAUCGAACGAAGAUGAACAAGAUGUACAAAGCGACACAACAAUCAGUAGAUGUUGAGGACACAGAAAUUGGACGAGUUCGCUUGAAACUCCAGCGCCUGAUGGCGAAACAGAUGGCCAACAACCCAGCAUUUAAAAGUAGGGUGGAGAGGUUUCAACAAUCACUCAGUAAAGGCUUUAAUAAUGCAGAAAUAGCAGUGCGCAUGACUGGAAAUAGGCGUGAUGUCAAUCGAGAAAAAGUGAGGCAACGUCGAGAAACAUUAGCAGCGAGAAAGAGCUCCGCUUUAUUUGAUCUAAGUGGUGUCGAAAAAGAUAAAAAUUCUAAAAGUAAUAAAACUGGGUCUAUUCCUUCUGAUAAAGAUAUCGAUGAAAUGAAAUUCAAAACAGUUCAAACCGUUUCAGAACAGAGUGAUGUGCCUAUUUCUAUCGAGGGUGGUGCUAACGAUGAGUCCGCUGUAGAGGACGCGUCAAAUGAUAUACUUAGUCUUAUGUCUAACAAUCCUAUUGGCAUGCGCAGAAAGAAGGGCUGGAUGGAUAUGCACGUUUGA